UUUUAUUUUGGUAGGUUGUUCUUAGAUUUUAAAUAAAUUACUAGAUAAUUAACGUAAAAAUAGUUAGAUGGUAAAAUGCAGUGAACGAUGUCAGGCGGUAACUCGAAGGGCAAAGCCCGCUCUAAGCGGCACGAGGGAUGGGAGGAGGCGGGCGGGGAAUUCUACCAGGAACUGUACCCCGGCGCCGAACAAGACCUGUUCGAGCACCUGCAAAGGGCUGAUGCCGCGAAGCUAGCAACACUGCUGCCGUCCAAGCAGGCGAGAAACACAACGACCGUGAAAAGGGCUCGGUCGCAAAAUGACCGUCGUCAGUCAACGUACGCGCGGACAACGCAGAGCAGGGACAUACAUCUAUCUAUGAUGCCAGAUCUCUCAGAAAAUCUAUCAAACGAAGAGAGAACAUGGGAAGAAAUAAUGCUGAUAAAAGCGAUGCCAGUGCCUAUGAACCAAAAGAGAGAGCUCAAAGAAAAAUUACAGAAUGCAACAAAAUUGCGUCUGCAAGGCUUGGAACACAUACAUUGGCAACAAAGAAAAGUCUGGCACCGUUUCCGUAUACGGUUCGGUGAGAUUCUAGGCAAAUUGGAAAUGUGGCAAUCACCCUUGAGGGAGAUAGAAGGCACCUUCGGCACAGGUGUAGUAUCUUUCUUUCUCUUUCUGAGGUGGUUGCUGUUCUUGAACCUGGUGAUAUCUCUCUUCGUGAUAAUAUUUCUAAUUCUACCAAAGACUGUUCUAGUCGAAACGUCAUACGAUUGUGAGGAUUACGAAAGUAACUCGACUGUGUGCUGUUCAUAUUCAUAUUUAAGUAGAAAUCUUACAGAAUCUAAUUUAGCUUUAGAUGUGAUACAAGGCACUGGGUGGAUGGAGCGGACUAUACUAUUUUACGGAGUAUACAGCGAUCAGAUAUAUACUUACUUCAUUAAAAGCUUUUGGGAGACUCAGUUCUAUUAUAAUAUGCCUUUAGCCUACAUACUUGUGCCCAUAACAUGGGCUUUGCUAUCAUUAAUCGCGAUAGUAAAAGCUGCAGCUAAAGGAUUCAAAGAGAAAUUGGUGGAGAGCGAAGGCCAGUUCUAUUUGUACUGCAAUUUGGUGUUCGGCGGUUGGGAUUUCUGCAUACAGAAUGAAAAAUCCGCUAAAAUCAAACACAGAGCUCUGUUUAACGAAAUCAAAGGUUGCUUAGAAGAAGAAAGAUUCAAAGAAGAAAAGCAACUUAGAACUAGGGAAAGCCAAAUACUCUUACACAUGAGGAGAUUGUUGAUAAAUUCAAUCGUAUUCAUCAUCUUGGUCGCGUCAGGAGUUAUGAUCUACAUCUCUUAUAAUUACUCCUUGGUUAGACUGAGCGCUCAAACUGGUGUAGAUAACGCGGAUCCUGGGGAUUUAAACAAGGGGUAUGUUAACAGGACUUCAGAGAGACUAGCGUUUAGUCAUUUCAAGAUGCACAGAAACACCCAAGGUUUAGGUAGUAGAGACAGUUCCUUUUUUGAGCAACUAGAGAAUACUCUUUUAGAAUUCCUACCUUACAUUUGUAUAGUGAUGUUAAAUUUGAUAGUACCAGAGGUAUUCAACUAUCUGAUCGGUUUCGAGAAUUAUGCUCCGGCUCGCGUGAUAAUAGUAACACUGUUGAGAACCGUACUACUGAGACUGUCUUCGUUGGCUGUUCUCUUGAGUCAAAUAUACGUGUUUAUAGCAUCGAACAAACGAACUUGUUCCUGGGGCGAUGAAGAAGCAAACGGCAUCGAAUGUUGGGAAACAUACCUCGGCCAACAGCUGUACAAAUUGAUCUUGACGGAUUUCGCCCUCCAAUUCGUGAUCACUUUCGUUAUAAACUUGCCGAGGGCAUUCGUGGCGCGUCACUCGUCCAGUAGAUGCUUGAAAAUAAUCGGCGAACAAGAUUUCUAUUUGCCUAAGCACGUCCUCGAUAUCAUAUACAUCCAGACUAUAAUAUGGAUGGGCUCGUUCUUCUGCCCCUUCCUGCCGAUCAUCGGGACUUUAUACUACUUCCUUAUAUUUUAUAUUAAAAAGUUCACAUGUUUAAUCAACUGCACACCUUCUCCGGUUGUGUAUAAAGCGUCUAAAUCUAAAUCUCUGUUCAUGUCGGUGCUCUUAUUAGGAUUCGUGGUAUCUAUCGCGCCCGUAGCAUAUUCCGUAGCUGAACUUCUACCGUCUAUCAAAUGUGGACCUUUCAGAGGGUACUCUACAGUCUGGAACUACGUAAUAGAGACCUUCGAUAGGUUCCCGUACAUUUUAAGGGAAUCUGUGUUCCUUUUGGGCACUUCGGUGUUCGCUGUGCCGGCUUUUGCGGUGCUCUUGUUGUUUUUGUAUUAUUAUUGGGCGGUGGCCGCUGCGAAUAGGCAUAUGGUGGCAGUACUGAAGAACCAGUUAGUUUUAGAAGGGCACGAUAAGCAGUUUCUGCUGAAUCGCCUCAGCGCUUUCAUUAGGCAACACCAGAAACGGUGUGAAAGAAGAAACAGAGCAAGCUUUGCGGAUGAUGAUUCUUCUAUAAGACAAAGCUCUAGAUAA